AUGUCAGAUUCCAACACAACCAAGUUCAGCAACCCCUGCACCUUCAUCCUACUGGGAAUUCCUGGCCUGGAGGCUGCCCAUGUCUGGAUCUCCAUCCCCUUCUGCGCUAUGUACGCCAUAGCCAUCUUGGGGAACUUCAGCAUCCUGUUCAUUGUGAAGAGGAAGCCGAGCCUCCAUGUGCCCAUGUACUAUUUCCUCUGUAUGCUGGCCGUCACCGACCUGGUCCUGUCCACGUCCACACUGCCCAAAAUGCUGAGCAUCUUCUGGUUCAAUUCCAGGGAGAUCGAUUUCAGUGCCUGCCUCGCCCAAAUGUACUUCCUUCGCUGCUCCUCAGUGAUGGAGUCAGGGAUCUUUGUUGCCAUGGCAGUGGAUCGCUAUGUGGCCAUCUGUGAUCCCCUUAGACAUUUCACCACCAUGACAAACCGCAUGGUGUUCAAGAUUGGACUGGCCAUAGUGCUGCGUGGUGCCAUGCUGGUACUGCCUUAUCCCUUCCUGACAAGGCGUUGGCCAUAUUGCAGGACCAACAUCAUCCCGCAUACGUACUGUGAGCACAUGGCUGUGGUGAAGCUGGCCUGCACCGAAACACCUGUUAGUAUCUACUAUGGUCUCUUUGUGGCAUUCUGUGUGCCUGGUCUGGAUGUGUUUUUCAUCGCCGUGUCCUAUAUUCUGAUCCUUAGGGCCAUCUUCAGCCUCCCCACAAAGGACGCCCGGCUCAAGACUUUUGGGACCUGUGUCUCCCACCUCUGUGCCAUCUUAACCUUUUACAUACCAGUUAUCUUCUCCUCCCUCACAUACCGUUUUGGCCACAAUGUGGCCCUAUGGUUUCAUGUUCUCAUGGCCAAUGUGUACCUCCUGGUGCCUCCCAUGCUAAACCCAAUCAUCUAUGGGAUAAGGACCAAACAGAUCUGGAAAUGGCUGCUCCAGCUGGUUACUCAUAAAGGAACCUAA